AUGGGAUUCCAUAUUCAUGGUGGAACUAUGAUGAUGUUCACAGUUCGCAACACUUUCGGUAUGCCCCGUAUCGGUAUCUGGAUCCUAUUUGGAAUCUGUUCAAUAUGUGCUGGAUGUGUUCUUCUCAUUCUAUGUAUUCAAUUUGUUUAUAGAUAUUUUGCAAUGAGCCAUUCGAACAAGCUAAAGUACUUCACCGGAUGGCGUCGUCUCUAUUUUGUAUUUUUCACUUUGUUUGUGUCCAUUAUCUAUGGUGCAUGCGGUUUUGUAGGUAUAAACUCAACGCCCGAGAAGGAUUUGAGUAUACGACUAGCGAUGGCGGAAGCUUAUCAAGUAUCACCGGACGAGGUUAAUUAUAUGGGAAUCGAAUAUUUCGAACGAACGGAAACGAACGAUAUCCUGUUGAAUUGGUUAUCAAUUGGAGCGGCUUCAGCGAUUAACUGCUACUUCUGUACGGCGAUGACAAUCAUACUGUAUUGUGGUAUAAAAACAUACAAAAAAGUGUGCCACAAAACUGCUCAUUUAUCAAAUUACAUGUAUAUUCAGAGGCAGUUGUUUAUUGCUCUUUUAGUUCAAGUAUGGCCAAAGAACAUCAUCUCAUAUUUCAAAGAAAACGGGUUUCAGACCUUAACUCCAACUGUAUUUAUAUUCAUUCCAUGUAUGAUAUUUUAUGUUGUUCCACUUUUUGAGUAUCCUCUGGGAGUUGAUUCAAAUAUUGUAAGCAUAUCGUUGGUUACCUAUCCAAUUGUAGAUCCAACUGGAGUUAUGCUUAUUAUAAAAAAUUAUAGAAUCUUUUUGAAAAAUAUAUUCACUGUAAAACUUUGCUGCCCAUUUUGCAAAAAUACCUCAGCCUCUCAACCAGAAGGAAACCUUUUUCAAGUGAAACCAUUUUCUGAAAACCAAGGAAGUCUUCGUUUCAAUUCUAUUCAAAAUUGA